UUAAACCAUGUCCGACAAGAAGUCUCCCGCUAUUGGUAUCGAUCUCGGUACCACCUACUCCUGUGUCGGCGUUUGGAAGAACGACACUGUCGAGAUUGUCGCCAAUGACCAGGGUAACCGUACCACUCCUUCCUAUGUUGCUUUCACCGACACCGAGAGGUUGAUCGGUGAUGCCGCUAAGAACCAGGUUGCCAGGAACCCUGAGAACACCGUCUUCGAUGCCAAGCGUCUCAUUGGCCGCAAGUUCAACGAUCCCGUUGUUCAACACGAUAUGAAGAUGUGGCCCUUCAAGCUUAUUGAUGGUUCUGAUGGCAGGCCCAUGAUUGAGGUCACCUUCAAGGGUGAGACUAAGAGGUUCCACGCCGAGGAAAUCUCCUCCAUGGUCCUCACCAAGAUGAGAGAGACUGCUGAGGCCUUCCUCGGGACCAAGGUCAACGAUGCCGUCGUGACUGUCCCUGCUUACUUCAACGAUUCCCAGAGACAGGCCACCAAGGAUGCCGGUUCCAUUGCUGGUCUCAACGUCCUUCGUAUCAUCAACGAGCCUACUGCCGCUGCUAUCGCCUACGGUCUCGAUAAGAAGGGUGAGGGUGAGAAGAACGUCCUCAUCUACGAUCUUGGUGGCGGAACCUUCGAUGUCUCCCUCUUGACCAUCGAGGAUGGUAUCUUCGAGGUCAAGGCCACUGCUGGUGAUACUCAUUUGGGUGGUGAGGAUUUCGAUAACCGCAUCCUCGACUUCUGCAUGCAGGACUUCAAGCGCAAGAAUCGUGGCAAGACCAUCGAGGGCAACCAGAGGGCUAUGCGUCGUCUUCGUACUCAGUGCGAGCGCGCUAAGAGGACUCUCUCUUCCUCUACCCAGGCCAGCAUUGAGAUCGACUCUCUGUUCGAGGGUAUCGAUUACAACUGCACUCUCUCUCGUGCUCGUUUCGAGGAGCUCUGCAUGGACUACUUCCGUAACACCAUGGGCCCCGUUGAGAAGGUUCUCCGUGAUUCUGGCAUCGACAAGCGCAAUGUUCAUGAGGUCGUUCUUGUUGGUGGUUCCACUCGUAUCCCUAAGGUUCAGUCUAUGAUUCAGGACUUCUUCAAUGGCAAGGAGCCUUGCAAGUCCAUCAACCCUGAUGAGGCUGUCGCUUUCGGUGCCGCUGUUCAGGCUGCUAUUCUCACCGGUGAGGGUUCCAGCCAGGUCCAGGACCUCUUGCUUCUGGAUGUGACUCCUCUCUCUCUCGGUCUCGAGACUGCCGGCGGUGUUAUGACCAAGCUCAUUGAGCGUAACACUACCAUCCCUACCAAGAAGAACCAGACCUUCACCACCUACGCUGAUAACCAGCCCGGUGUGUUGAUCCAGGUCUUCGAGGGUGAGCGUGCUAUGACCAAGGAUAACAACAUUCUCGGCAAGUUCCACCUGGAUGGCAUCCCGCCAGCUCCCCGUGGUGUCCCCCAGAUCGAGGUUACCUUCGAUAUUGAUGCUAAUGGUAUCCUCAACGUGAGUGCUCAGGAUAAGUCCACUGGCAAGAGCAACAAGAUCACUAUCACCAACGAGAAGGGUCGUCUCUCCCAGGCUGAUAUCGAUCGCAUGGUCAACGAGGCCGAGAAGUACAAGGCUGAGGAUGAGGCCAACAAGGAGAAGGUUGAAGCCAAGAACGGUCUCGAGAACUACUGCUACACUCUGAAGAACACUCUUCAGGAUGAGAAGCUCAAGGAUAAGAUCUCGGAUGAGGACAAGGCCGCUAUCGAGAAGGCUGUCAACGAGGCUCUCGAGUGGUUGGACAAGAAUCAGUUGGCCGAGAAGGAAGAGUUCGAGGCUAAGCAGAAGGAAGUUGAGGGUGUUGUUAACCCCAUCAUGAUGAAGGUCUACCAGGCUGCUGGUGGUGAUGCUGGCGCUGCCCCUGGUGCCGCUCCCGGAGAGGGUCCUGCACCCGGUGGUGCUCCUUCCGGUCCCACUGUCGAGGAGGUCGACUAAGCAUUCUAAGAGAUGUCUUUGGGCGCAUAUGACGUACAUUUGAUCUGCUGGUUGGAUUGCAUAGAAACUCGAGAUGAGUAUUCGAUUAACGCGGUAUUUCAACACACACCUG